AUGAGUGACUUUAUUGUAGCCAUAGACUUUGGCACCUCAUACAGUGGAUAUGCCUUCAGCUUGACACCCAAAGGGGCAGAAAUUAAUCCCUGCAUGAAGAUGUGGGGUCUCGGACUGGACUCUCUGAAGACUCCAACAUGCAUUCUGUUCAAUGAAAAUGAAGAAUUUCUGCUGUUUGGUUAUGAAGCUGAAAAAGCGUAUAGCAAGAUGAAAAGAGAAGAUGCAAAGAAAAACUACUUCUUUGAAAACUUCAAGAUGGUGCUCUACGGAAAAAGAGUAAGCAGCAAUGUGGAGAUUACGGCUGCAAACAUGAAGUCAAUGACGGCCUUGAAGGUGUUCACAGAAGCUCUAAGAUACCUGAAGGAAGAUGCUCAAAAAACCAUCAGCGCCAACAAAGAAGGGGGUGAGUUCACAGCCUCUGACAUCACUUGGGUGCUGACUGUACCUGCCAUCUGGGAUCAUUCAGCAAAGCAGUUCAUGAGAGAAGCUGCAACUCAGGCAGGAAUCAUCACAGAAGGAACUCAGCGCAAACUGAUCAUCGCACUGGAACCAGAAGCAGCCUCAGUCUGGUGUAAGAAGCUGCCAGCUAAUGGCUUCAUCACACAGGACCAUGAUGGAGGAUCACUGGAUCAGUCUCCAGGAACACAGUUCAUGGUGGUGGACUGUGGAGGUGGAACCAUCGACAUCACUGUUCAUGAAGUCCUGGAUGGAGGAGCCCUGAAGGAGCUGCACAAGGCCUCGGGAAAUGAUUUGGGGGGAAACACAGUGGACAGGAAAUACAAAGAGUUCCUCAGAGAAAUCUUCAGUUGUGGUGUCUGGGAUGAAUAUGAAGCAAACUUUCCCAUUGAGGUUCAUAAGAUAAUGUGUGAUUUUAAGUUUCUCAAACAGGUAGAUGGUGAUAUUCAGAUGUCCUGUCCAUUUAACCUGGGAACACUGGCUCAGAAAAGACAGGAAAUAGAAAAGUUCUUUGAAUCAGUGCAAGGUGCUUCCUGGGACUGUGGAGCAAUCAGAAUCUCCAGAGAGAGACUGAGGUCUUUCUUUGCUGAGAGUCUUGAGGGGAUUAAGAACAGCGUAGGAGUAAUCCUGGAGAAACAUUUUAACAUCAAGUACAUUUUGUUAGUGGGGGGCUACGCUGAAAGCCAGAUUCUGCGUCAACAUGUUGUUGAUCAGUUUGGUGGUGAGUGUAAAGUUCUAUGUCCUUUUAGGCCCCAGGAAGCGAUUGUGAAGGGAGCUGUGAUGCUUGGAAGAAACCCAGCAGUGUUGGCUUCUCGAAAAUGUCCCUUUGCUUACGGGUUUGCAGAUUUCGAGAAGUUUGAUCCUUCCAAACAUAAGAAGGAAAAGAAAUUUGUAGUCCAAGAGGAGGAGUUUUGUGGAGAUAUUUUCAGAAAACUUGUGGAGGAAGGUGAAGAUGUUGGCUGGAAUGAAACCAGAGAGCUCAUCUUAAAUGUGUUGGAGGCAAAAGAAAAUCAGACACAUAUAACAAUCAGGUUUUAUCGCACUCAAAGAAGAAAUCUUCUGUAUGUGGAUGAAGAGGGAGUAGAGGAAGUUGGUUCACUCAUUGUUAGAAUGCCCACUACACAAGGCAAGAAGCAUGAAGUCAAGGUGAACAUCAGAUUUGGGUACACUGAGAUAACGGUCACAGGCACAGGGUUAGUGUAUGGGCCUAUAGAAUCAGCCAUGAUUGACUUCAUGACCAAAUCAUGA